AUGUAUUCUUCAGUUUGGUAUCCUUUUCAAAGAACUCAAGGUUUCUGUGGCGAAAACAUCAAUGCUCAACAGCGCAAUUCAAGUACAUUAGUGACAACACAGGGAACAACAGUCGGAACGAAUGUAACAGAUCCAGUUACGUUAACAACUGUAGCAACAACUAUAAAAACAGCACCAAAUAUAACACAAAUAUCUUUGCUGUUAAGUGCUACGACAAGUGUGAAUUUGAAUAGUUCAUCGUCUACUACACCCAGUCCUACAACUACUGUUAUUAAUACAACUAUCACUAGUCCUACUACUGCUGUGGUGUUACUUCUACGAAUACGUCUACCAGCAGUCCUAACACUACCAGUUCGAGCAUUAUCCCCAACACCACAACUGCAAGCAGCAGUCCUAACACUACCAGUCCGAGCAUUAUCCCCAACACCACAACUGCAAGCAGCAGUCCUAACACUACCAGUCCGAGCAUUAUCCCCAACACCACAACUGCAAGCAGCAGUCCUAACACUACCAAUCCGAGCAUUAUCCCCAACACCACAACUGCAAGCAGCAGUCCUAACACUACCAGUCAGGGCAUUAAAACCACUGCUAUCAGUCUCAUUGAAACCACCAAUGGAAUCAUACCAACAUGUUCGAUAUGAAAGUACAACAAAUCACUAUUGGUCAUUCGAAAAAGUUUUAGGAAAACCAUUUAUCUUUGAUCGUGCUCCAGACAGUAAUAUACUGACAAAAUCGAUAUACGAGAGACAGAGGUUGUAUGACAGCAAAUUACGGAAUGAUGUUCGUAUUAAAAGUGACUUAAAUAACCCCGAAAAUUCCUUAUUUCUACCUUUAAAUGGAACCUUGCCAGAAGGAAGAUUAACUGCUCCUGGUAUUGAUAAAUCUCAAAAUAGUAUUUACGUAAAUAUGAAUGAGAACGAAAGUUGUGUUUGCCUGCUAAAUGACAUUACACGUGAACGAUACUACUUCAAACAGUGUUUGUUAGAUGUUAAUGAAUGUGAUUAUGGAUUGAGUUUGUCUGUUUGGCUUCAAUUCACCACAGAAACAUUCAAUCCAAAGGAAGUUAUUAUAUCAACUGCCCCAGAGAAAGGAAAAGGUUUUUCUCUUUUAAUUAACAAUGGGAUGUUGGAAUUUGAACUGAGGACAACAGAUACUUUGUGGAAGGUUAGCAGUUCAAUCACAAAAACAUUAAAUAAAUGGAUUAACAUUGGUGUUGCAUGGGGCAAAAGUGCACAAAGUAUAAAACUUGUGAUAAAUGGUAAUACAGUUUCGAUGAAAAACAAUUAUCAAGGUGUUCAACAUCUGGGUAGCAAUUCAACACCAACAUCAAUAUGGGUUGGUUGUAACAUGGGACUAGAUGGAGAGAAAAUCAUUUCUUCCAUCAAUCCAGGAAUUAGGGUAGCAACAGUCGCCUUAUGGUAUUGGCCUAUCCAGUUAAAUCAAUUGUUUAGCGGAGGCCUAGAGAAUUAUUUAUUGAAGAAGGAUGUUAUUAUAGAAUCAUCAGUUUCUCAACCAAUUAAAACUAUAAAUUAUGCAGAUUAUACAAAUGAAGUGGAAGAGCUUACACCUACUGAAGAAAUUAGCAAAAUUUUAAAUCCAGUUUACUUGAUGGCUGAUUACUAUAAUCCUUUGUUGUUUUUAGCAUCAAAUUAUACAGGGAAUGAUGUUAAACUGGUAGUUGAUCGUUCUAAGCUGAAAACCGCUUAUCAAUUAACAUCAAAUGGAAGUUGUUUUGAAGUCAAAUUCUUCAAUGAAUUUACUUGUCCUGGUAGUGUAAAUCGAUGCACUCAAGGUUUAUCUAUGGGUAUAUGGUUAAAUAUACCAGAUAUUUUGAAUACUACUGUUGUUAUAUUAGAUAUUCUAGAAUUAGUCAAUGGUAUCACUGUGUCAGUUUAUAACAGUUACAUUAAUAUUUUCAUUACCACAUCCAAGGGUCUAGUUGUUUUUCGUGUGUACAAUGUGAUACCAAAAGAUAUUUGGUUUAAUCUUGGAAUAAGUGUGUCAAACUUCAUAGAUCCUACUGUGGCUGUUUAUUUUAAUGGCAUUGCAAUGCUUGUUGAACAAGUUAUGCCACCGAUAGAAACCCCAACGAAACGAAAUGACCGUUGUUUAAAUGGAUUAAUUCUGGGUAGCUCGAAAAUCAAUCGAAGUGCUGCUGGCGUCGCCUACAAUGAUCUUAUCCUAUGGUAUAGAUGGUUAUUUUCGUUUGAGUCACAUCUUUUUGUGGGUUACACCAGAGCUCAACAAGCAAAUCUUCAUAAUGCCAGCUAUUAUUGGACACCUGAUCCUUAUAUAGCUUAUGACAGUAAUGUACAAAUACAAGUUAGACAGAAAUACAAUUAUUUACAACCAGAAAAUGAUUACUCAUUGACAGGUAUACCUGGUUAUUCAUUGGCAUCAAUUUAUCGGUCAAAAUUUGUCACAUUUCGUUUCAGCCAAAAUGAUUAUGAGAAUAAAUCAAAAGUACCUGUAUUCGAAAUGAAACCACAACAAUAUAUGAUGUUAGGGCUACGUAAAUCUUCCGAGGUGAUAUCAACGAAUUUAAUAUGGACUGGAAAAUGCUUAAUUGAGCCAAGUCUAUCUACUUGUAAUACACGUGGAUUCUCAAUAUCAAUAUGGUUAAAAAUAUUAUCGGUUAGCUCGGAUCGUUUAAGAUUUUAUUUAAGUUCUGGCGAUGGUGGGACAAGCUUAUCAUCAAUGAGUUAUUAUCGGGGAAUAUCAAUAUUCACAGAUACAUCAUUAAUUGGUGUGUCGAUUUCACAGUUUUCAUUAACGUGGCAAUUAGUGCUUGAUUCCAGUAGUUAUAAAAUUGGAAAGUGGAUAAAUAUUGGGAUAUUGUGGCGUGGAGAUGUUGGGCUAACGCUGUUACUAGACGGUGUCAAUUAUGGAAGUACGCCUUCAAGUGGUCAGAAAGUUUACAAAACACGUGAAUCACCACCGUAUCUUGUACUUGGACGCUAUGAUACAGAUAAUCAAGCAACAUGGUUGUCACCAUCGGAUGCAGACGAUGCCACUAAACAAAGCAAUGGUAGCCAACCUCAAUGGGAGAUGAGUCAUUAUGCAUUAGGUGAUAUAGCCUAUUUCGAUAAACUGUUAACUCACAAAGAAUAUAAUCAACAGAUCGGUCUAUUAAAUGUUCCAUAUUUACGUAAUUCAGAUGGUAAUGUUUGGUUUGGUAAAGGUUUGAUCAGUCCACCUUUAUCCCAAAUCAUGGAAGCUGUUUCGAGAAGAAUUUCAAAACCUGGACCCAUUCUUAAUGGUGAAGUGUCAGAUUCAGUGCUACUUUUAAGUAAUCCUGAGGCAGUACAACUAACAGCUGGCGGUUCUCUACGUUUAGGCACCUUCGAACUAAACUCAUGCCCAUUUAAUUUACAAAAUUGUCAGAAGGGUCUAAGCAUUGGUGGUUGGUAUCGUUUUGGUGGACAUUUCUUGAAACCAACUGACAGUCAAAUGGAACCAAUUAUAUUAUUCACUGGAUAUGGAGGAAAUUAUGGUUUAGCUGUAUCAUACAAUGGUGUGUUAUUUGGUGGUUGGCUACAAUAUGAUGUUAAACAAGGCAAUAAAAUAGUACAGAAUUAUUGGAAAUGUAUUGCCAACAAUUUACAAAUUGGCUUAAAUCAAAAAAGCAUGCAAUGGGUUCAUUUCAGUUUAAUUUGGGGUGUCAGGAAAAUGAAUAAUAGUAAUGAAAAUGUUUUACAAUUAUCGAUUAAUGGACUGGUCAUAGCAGAAUGUCGGAAAAAUUCACAACCAUCAAAUCAACAAUGGAUUGAUAAGGCAAUUCAAAAGUCUACACAAUUAUUUGACGAGACAAAUACGGAUAAAGAAUCAUUUUUAUUAGUCAGCUCUCAAACUUCAGAUCCAACUCAACGAAUAAAAUUUUCAAUUGCCCUAUUAGCAUUACAGCCAAGAUAUUUAACACAAACCAAUUUCAUGAAUUUGAUUGGUGUAGAAUAUUUUGAACUAUUAGAAUUAUUAUAUUCAACAUUCCAUUGGCAAAUGUCUGGUCUAUUUUAUCAGUUAACAUCAAAUCGUAUACAAACUGUUAAUUCAUAUUAUGGACGUGAUCAGUAUGAUACUUCUAAAGGUGCAAUAUGCACUGAAGGUAAUAAUUUUUCUUACAUAAUAUUAAAUGGAGAUAAAAUUAGCACCAACGGAGAUAUGACUAACUUAUAUGAGUCGUGUUUAUAUGAUCCAUCUAAAUGUAGCCGUUAUGCUUUAAGCUUUCGAUUCAUACUACUCAAAAUACCAAGUAAGAUAAAUGGUCCUCAAGAAAUUCUCCGCACAGCACCAAUAAAUCCUGGUGUAAAAUAUGUUGGCUUACUUAUGUACUUAUCAUCAGAUCAAAGUAAAUUCAUUAUUGAAGUACGUAAUCUACAUAGAACUUCCAGAAAUUCAGUAAAACUUGAUUCAAUACAACAACCAGGAAAAUGGAUCAAUAUGCAAAUAUUCUAUUAUCAAGAUCGCGCAUCAACAAUACACGUUGAUGGCAAUUUAAUUUUAUCUACUGAAAACGUAUCAUCUAUACCUGACUCAAAUAGUCGAUUAAAAGAUAGCGAAAGAUUAAAACAAAAUCUUAUAGUUGGACGUGGUUUGGAAAUGUGUAUUAGUUCAAUGACACUGUAUGAUAUAUCAAGUGAAAGCGAUUUCGAUCUAUUAGCCAAUACAGCUAGUCCACAAACAUGUUAUACAAAUAUGGAUAUAUUUGAAGCACUACCAGGACCAAUAGAUGAUUAUAAAAAUCGUACAAAUUCUGCAUCUAGAUUGGAAAACUUUGUUGAACCAUUAUCAUUUCUAUCGAAAUCUUGUAUUCAAAAUCCAGACAUAUGUAGCAAAAAAGGUAUGACAAUGUCAAUGUGGAUAAUGAUAAAUGGAUUCGUCAAUGAAUCAGGAGAACAACUUAUUCUGAAUAACAAUGAAAGCGUGAAUGCAAUAAUUUUGUCUACCGGUCCACCUGAUAAUUCUGGAAUUUUAAUUCAAGUCAAUGGUCGAUUAGAAAAUAGCAGAUUAAAAUUAUCAUUAAAAACCAGUGUUUUCACUCAAAAUUAUUUAUGGUUGGUUGAUUCAAACAAUGCAUUAGAAUUAGGUCAAUGGACAAAUAUAGGAUUUAGUUGGUUCAGUCAACCGGAAGAUAACAGUGGUUCACUUGAAAUUUAUAUAAAUGGUCUACGUAAACAAUCCUCAACAAUACCAGCUUCUGCGAUAAAUAUGAACACAAAUUUAAAUGGUACAUCGCAAAUAUUCAUUGGUUCUGCAUAUUACAAUGUCAACAAAUAUACAACAAAUUCAGACAUGAAAAUAUUUGCCACUGGGGGUAUUGCAAAUUUAGCUUAUUGGGAAAGCAAAAAUGUUAUUAGUUGUUCAAAACCUAGAAAAACGAAGAAAUUCUUACUUGGAGACUGUGGAAGUAAUACUGAUAUACCAGAAACAGUCACAUGUGUUAUGAUGCAAGGUUGCAGACAAGUGGAUGGUUUUGUAUGCAUGGAUCAAACACUGCCAAAUCUUAUCCGAAUGACAAAUCAAGCGAAUAAAAUUAUUUACCCUUCAGAUUUUAUGAAAGUUUUACAAAUAAGUAUGGAACUAUUGAAGAAUCACAAUUCAUAUCAAAGUAUAGUUAAUAAUAGUAGUAUUGGUAAUACUGACAACAAUAAUGAUGCAUCAUAUGGCUUAAACGUUUUAUCUUCUACAUUGAGUAUAAUACGUUUAUGGUCCAGAACAAUUGAAUUACUCACAGAUACUACCGACCAAUCAAUUAUUAAUGAAAUCAUUUCAGUUAAACAAAAUGUUCACUCACUAAUUACAGAUUUAACACACCAGCUAUUAUCAUCGGAAUUCAAAGAAACCUGGUCACAAUUACUUCAAGAUCAAAAUCGUAAAUACAAUGAAUUAUUGCCUGGUUUAAAUCGGAUCAUUUUAUCCAUGUCCAAAGUAAAUGCAUACAAUCAAUUGGAUUCGUGUAAUACACUGAUGAAAUUAAGAAAUGUCGACGUAGCUAGUUAUUUGUUGAAUUUUCAACUAAAUAAUACUAGUAAUAAUCUUUUGAUAGUAAACGUAUCACACCUAACGAAUCCAGGCGAUGAGAUUCAUCGUUCACAAUUUAAUAUUAAAACGUAUCCUAAUAAUUACCGACAAAAUGCAACGUUAGGUGGAGUUUUAGCCAUAUUAGCCAUUUCAGGUAAUGAAAAUGGAGAAUUAAUGAUUGCUGAUAUUCCAUUAGAUAAAUUCAGUAUCACCACACAACAUCAACAGAACUACAUUGACACUAAACAGAAUUCAUAUAACAAUACUACGUUACAACCGGAAAUACAAUAUGUGUUUCUGAUUGCAAGUCCAUUGUAUGCUAUUGAAUUUUAUACGGAAAAUCAGUCAAAUACAACAUCAAGCAAAACUGCCGAUAAUAAUACAACUAUUCAACUCAAUUAUACAGUACCACUAUUACGUCCGAAUAAAUAUCAAAGUGUUUAUUUCUAUGAGACAACUUGGCGUAUGAAAUGGAUGGCAUAUAACGCUGAAAAAUAUCAUGAAAAGGAUUUAGCCAAUGAAAUACGUUGUGUAUACUGGGAUGAUCAAUCGGAUACAAAUGGUGCAUGGAAUACAGAUGGUUGUCAGAUCGUUGAAUCUACUAAAACACAUGUUCAAUGUUCAUGCAAUCACCUUAGUCUAUUCGCAGUAGCUAUGGAGUCAGAAGAUGCACCAUACAGAAGUAUGCCAAUAUGGAGAAUAUGGGGUAUAAGAACAGAAUCAGAAUGUACCAUGCUGAUGAAUAUUAUUAUUUUUGGUGGCAAUGGUUUAUCGUUGAUAUGUUCAUUAAUAUUUCUUGUCACUUUAAUCAUUGUAUGGAAGAAGGCUAGUAUACCGGAUGUCUGUCUAACACGUAUAGGUUUAUGUCUGUGUCAAAUAGGAUUUCAUGUCAGUUUGUUAAUUGAACCGUUAAUGAAUAAGUAUCAGAUACCAUGUCAAGCUAUUGGUGUAUCAUUAAAUCUGUUUGCUAUAUUAGUAUCAAGUUGGCUUUUAAACGAAGCAGUUAGUUUGUUCAAAAGUUUUGUAUUAGGCCAAUUGAAGCUAACUUAUUGUUGGACAUGGAUUACAGGUAUUAUUAUACCAGUAUUGUUGGUUUUAAUACCGGCAGUUGUAUCAAAGUUGAACUCACACGGUGGUGAUUUAUUAUGUUUACCAGCACAUGAAUCAUUAGAAUUUUGGAUCAUGUUUGGUUCAAUGUUCGCUUAUACAAUUAUUAACAUAAUAGUAUGUUUUACAUUAACUUGCAAUAUUGAAACACCAGCAUUUUUGCCAUCGAAGAUACUUGAUAGACUAUUGACACGUGUGAAGAAUCUGAAUUCAUUGUUACUGUACUACAUCAUUAACUGGAGUUUACUCUUUGUUGUAAUACAAAUCCCAAUACCAUAUGUCGUUUUUAUCGCACUCGCGCUUGUCUCUUUACAGGGAACAUGGAGUUUUAUUGUUUAUGGUUUAGAAGAUAGAGAAUUGUUUAAAGCUUGUUCACAUAAAACGGAAAAACAAGAGCAGGAUGAGAAUAUUGUGGAAACUAAUAAACUUCCAAUAAACACUCUUAUAAUGAAUACAGAAAAAGAUGAAUUAAACAUAACUAAUAAAUCUAAUCAUCGACAGGGUGAAGAUAAUGGAAACGAUACACAAGUUUCACAAAGAAAUAAAAACAAUAAGGAUAUCGAGUAGAUGUUCUUUCAACUGAACCCUUGGUAUCUACUUGUAAGUUAUCAACUGGAUUCAAAGCAAUGAAUUAAAAAAUGUAAAAUAUCG